GUGGGUCCAUUGCCAAUGCGAUCUCAGCGCAGCCCCUCACACCCCGUGUUCCCCGGCCCGCUGUUGAUCGAGCUUGGCGGGCCUGUUCACCCCGUCCCGUCCCUGUGGGGCAGCAGAGCUGCGGAAACGGGCCAGCUUCUAGGGAGCCGAGCGAAGGCCCAGGGCUGUAGCACAGGACGCCUCCAGUCCGGCGCGCACGGGGGAGCUGCCGCCGAAGGAGGCCUGUGUGGCCCUGCGGCAGAGGCGGGGAAGCCGCUGCCGCAGGGAGUGUGGCCCGGGACUGCGGAACGCGCCGCUUCCAGUUUCCAGGCGGGUUGCGGGCUGCAUCUGCCCUGCGACAUGCACAGCAGCAGCCUGGGCCCGAUACGGUGGUUACCGAGUCACGCGGCCUGGGUCCUGUGGGGAUGCAGGCUGGUCCCCAGCACCCAUCCCCCUGUUACAAGACAGUCAUGGUUGUGUGCCUCUCCAUCUGCUGGAUUGCCUGCCUCUUUCUGCCCUCUGUUAAGUAGUGGGUGUAGACUGGCAUCUGUAGCCUCAUCAGAAUGGAGUGGUGGGAGUUUGUCCCCUGCUGGUUGGGAGCAGGACAGCAAUGAGCCAGAACCGAGUAGAAAGCUCCUGGAAGCUGUCCGUCUGUCCCUGGCGGCACAGCAGAGACAAGCUGAUAUAGGGAGCUCGGAGCUGGGGAAGAUGUUGGAUUCAUUCUCUGACAUGGGAUUCAGUAAUGCCCAGAUAAUGGAGCUGUUCGGGUUGCAGCCCAAGCUGGCUCCUCAGACACGGCUGGCAUUGGUUUCCGAGCUCCUCCUGUUGGGCUUGGAUGCUGACUCCACACUGAGGGCCUUGCAGAAGAGCCCUGAGGUGCUAAGGAUGACGGCCCAGCAACUGAGGCAUCGUGCAGACUACCUGCGGAGACUGGACCUCGGAGAAGAGAACCUGCAGCAAGUGAUGAGCCACUGCCCCAGAAUCUUCACCUUGUCCUGGAAGAAAAUAGAUGCAGUGGUGCGGGUGUUCAAGGAGAAGUGUAUUUUCACAGCAGAUCAGGUGACGGAGAUUCUGCAUCGCUACUCCAAUGUCCUAUUGGAGGAACCGCAUGACCUGGAGUACAAAUUCCAGUACGUGCACUUCAGAAUGGGAGUAAAGCACAAAGCAGUGGUGAAAUCUGGUCUCUUCCGAACUCCAAUAGCUGAGGUCAAGAACCGGCAUAUCUUCUUAGAGCGCCUGGGGCUUUAUCAAACCCCUGACAAGAAAGGCCAGACCCAGAUCGUCAACCCGAAACUGAAGGAAAUCGUCGGCGUUUCGGAAAGGGACUUCCUGGCCAAGAUAGCCCACUCCUCCCUGGAGGAGUUUGAGGUCUUUAAGAAGCUGCUGGCUCGGGAGGAGGGGGAGGGGGAGGGGGAUCAGGAUAUAGCCUCUGAAGAGACAGACUCAGCCAGCGAAAGGGAAGGGAAAAGGUCUGACAGCGAAGAAGGAAACUGAACUCUUAUCCUCAAGCUUCAGUAAGGGCUUGGCCAAAGAGUCAUUGGUGGAAACCAGCUGCUGGGGUUACCACACAUCUUGGCUGCUCCUAGACAUUCCCUUCUGACCUGUGUGUUUAAUGGUGUUGCCAUGACAUCACUAGUUUGGAAACAUUCACUGGAAACAGGUCCCUGGGGCCACAGCCUGAAACUUGACUGCUGCCUGGGGGCCGACAGUCCUGUCCCUGUUUUCCUCAUUGAGCUGAGGCCUUUGUUCCAGGUGGCUGUGUAAAACCAAUAAAGCUCAGACCCUUCAGGAA